AUGGCCGUGUCCGCAGACCCGAUGAGCCCGGCGAUGGCCUUUUCGGCGUCGUCGAGGAAGAACUCGUCCAACAGCCUCGCCGGGCAUUAUGACGCAAGGGAGGAGGCGGCGCCAAUCGCCUACAACGGGGGCUGGGAGAAUGGAAAUGGGAAUGGAAAUGGGCAUGGACUUGGGAUCGGGUAUGAGCAUGGCAACGGGCACGAACAUGGAAGUGGAAGUGGAAAUGGAAAUGGACACGCAGAUGGGCAUCGAAACGGACACCGAAACGGCAGCGCAAACGGCAACGGCAGUGCCAGCCCCGUGAUAAACCAGAGAUCGAGCUCAAGGCAAAAGGACGCCGACAUGCAGAGGCAGCGCAGCGGAAGCGGCACCAUGAAGAAGAACCCGAGCCACGACAAUGUCCAGAAACUAACCGCAGCCGAGAUGCAGCAGCUGGCCAACGAGCCCAAGUCUCUGCCCGUGGCGCCAGCGCCUGCGCCCAGCGUUGUCGACGAGCGCGAGGCGAUUCGACAGGCCCUCAUGAGGCCGCCGGAUAUGCGUCCAGACGAGGCGUUUCGACAGCUCCACGGCUAUACCGCAGUGUCCAGGGAAGCCCGCACGCCCAUGCGACGAUCCGUGUCCGCUUCGAGGACCGUCUCGACGCCGCCGACGAGCCGAGAUGGCCAUGUGGUGGUGGUGCAACCUUCUGCGUCUCCUCGACGGUUAUCCUUUGCUCAGGGCCUGCAGCUGAACCUCGACGGCGUCAAUGGCGGCGCAAACGGGAGCGUGGUAUCGCCGCCCAUCAAGACCGGGCCACCGGCCUUUGCGACACAGCAGCCCGUCCAGCCUCCCAACUCCGGCGUCCGGCCACCGUCUCCGAUUCCUCCCAUCAUUCCUCUCCCUCCAAUGUCGAUUCCCACCCAUCUACAGCUCGAACUAGCUCAGCAACGCCCCAGUCCUCUCUAUAUACAUCAAUCUUACACAAACGACGUUCCGUACGAGUCCCACGCCGUCAAGUUCGAGCGUCUCAAGAAUGUCCUCUUGAUCCCCCCGUUUCUAGAGCGCACCCUCUACUUUGGUGCGCUUGCCUGUCUAGAUGCCUGGCUGCACACAUUCACCAUCCUGCCCAUCAGGUUCACCAUGGCCCUCGCUGUCCUGGUGCGGUGGUGGAUCUACGUCAUCUUCAAGGAGGUCAAGUGGCUGGUUGGCUUCGUCUGGUACGGCCUCGGCCGGCUGUGGAGACGAGCGCGAGCGGUUCGGGGCCGCAGGAUUAGUGAUGCCUCCGACAGCGGCCGAUCGCGUAGCUGUAGCAGAGCCAGCGAGGUCUCUGUCGACGGCAUGUCGCCCAGCAUACGGCAACGUCCGAACGGCGUCCGCGCCGAUUCGCGAGCCCGCGGCGGCGACACUCCCACGCCCAAGGCGCCGUCGCUUUCGGCCCGUCGCCCGGGACCAAAGUCCGGCUCGUUCCGCCAUCGACGGACCAAAUCGAUGCCGUCCAACCUCUCGUCGUUUCACAAGGCCGAUCUGCUGCAGGGCGCCGUCAUCAUAUGCAGCUCGCUUGUGCUGAUGAAUCUGGACGCCAGCAGGAUGUACCAUCUCAUCCGUGCACAGUCGGCCAUUAAGCUGUACGUCGUAUACAACAUCCUGGAAGUCGGAGACAAACUUCUGUCAGCCCUGGGCCAGGAUAUCCUCGAGUGUCUGUUCAGCUCUGAGACGCUGUCCCGCAACUCAUCAGGCCGGUCCAAGGUUCUCUUGCCCCUGGGAAUGUUUGUCCUCGCCCUGAUAUACUGCGUCCUCCACUCCAUCGCCCUGUACUAUCAAGUCAUCACCCUCAACGUCGCCGUCAACUCCUACUCCAACGCUCUCCUCACUCUCCUCCUGUCCAACCAGUUUGUCGAGAUCAAAAGCACCGUCUUCAAGCGCUUCGAAAAGGACAGCCUCUUCCAGCUGACCUGCGCCGACAUCGUGGAGCGCUUCCAGCUCUGGGUCAUGCUCCUCAUCAUCGGCAUGCGCAACAUUGUCGAGGUCGGCGGCCUUUCGGUCCCAGGCGCCGGUAUGAACGACGCUCCCACCAAGGCGGCGCCUCUCCAUUCGCCCAGCAUCCUCCCGCAUAGCUUCACCGUUUUGCCGUCCUGGGUCAUGUCGGGAGAGGUCCUGUCGCCGUUUCUCAUUGUUGUGGGCAGCGAGAUGCUGGUGGACACCAUCAAGCACGCGUACGUGACCAAGUUCAACAACAUGAAGCCCAAGUUUUACAGCAGGAUCCUCGACAUCCUGUGCAAGGACUACUACACCAACGUAAGCUAUAUAUAUACACCGUCUUCCCUAUAUGCACCACAAGACAAACUAACAACUCUCCAAAAGGCCUUUACAGCUCCAUCCCUCACCAGGCGUCUCGGCCUCGCCGUCAUCCCCCUCUCCUGCCUCUUCAUCCGCGCCUCCAUCCAGACGUACCACAUGCUCCUCUCCGCCCACAUCCCCAUGCCCCUCCCCAUAUCCACGCAGACGUCCCUCACCGAAGCCUCCGCGACGCCCUCGUCGCCCGCCAUGAUCGCCGCCCUCAACCGCUUCGACUCCCUCAUCCGCGACUCCCUCGGCCGCGCUACCUACGGCUACCCCUUUGACCACCCCCUCAACUCCCGCCCCUGGUACAUCUGGACCUCUGACGACGUCAUCGCCGCCGUCACAAUGGUCGUCGUCUUCUUCAUCAUUUUUCUCGUCCUGCUUAUUCUCAAGCUUCUGCUGGGUAUGGUCCUCCUCAAGUACGCGCGGAAUCGCUACGCAAAGAUGAAGCACAAAGAAGCACUCGUCGCUGCCGGAAAGGCGGAAAUCGACAACUAUAAAGCUAAUGGUGUUCGUUUCGGCGGCUUCGGCGAGGUCGAGGUCACGGGGGACAAGCGGCGCUGGAUCAACGCCGAUGUCAACGAGGGCUUGAAGAAGAGGAAGAAGGAGGAUAAGAAGUCUGCUGCUCCUGAGGGGGAUUACCAGGGCGUGUUUCGAUAUGACAUGGUUGAGAAGAGGAUUUGGUAA